UUCUCUGGCGAAGGAUUGAAUCCGAGCCACAGCUGGGGCCACGCUGGAUCCUUAACCCACCGCCCCAGGCCAGGGACAGCACCGCGCCUCUACAGCAACCUAGUUAAGACCCUGGGAUCGUCCAUAUGCUACCGCCUGGAUACCAAGAGAAUUGUGUUGCUCUUGACUUCUGUGGACUCUGCUUCUGCAGUAAAUGACUCUUGGGAAAAAUUAACCAGUUCUUGGCAACUCUGAAAUCAUGGCUCAUGAUUUGGUGAUGUUCAGAGAUGUGACUGUAGACUUUUCUCAGGAAGAGUGGGAAUGCCUGAACUCAAAUCAGAGGAAUCUGUACAGAGAUGUGAUCUUAGAGAACUAUAGCAACUUGGUGUCACUGGGAGGCUGUUCCAUUUCUAAGCCAGAUGUAAUUACUCUGCUAGAGCAAGGGAAAGAACCCUGGAUGGUUGUGAGGGAUGAGAAAAGAAGAUGGAGCCUAGAUUUGGAAUCCAGAUAUGACACUAGAAAGUUAUUUCAAGUAAAGGAUAUUUGUGAAAUGAAUUUAUCUCAGUGGGAGAUAAUGGAAAGAAUUAGAAGUUGUGGACUUGAAGACUCCUUUUUUAGGAAAGAUUGUGGAUAUAAAAAUUUUGAGGGACAAGAGGCAUAUUUCAGGCAAGUGAAAAAAACCACCUCUGAAAAAAUGACCAAGAACAGAAAACGUACAUCUCUUCCUCUGUAUCAGAGAAUUCACAAUAGAGAGAAACCCUAUGAAUGUGGGGAUUGUGGGAAGGCUUUUAGAGUUCGCCAACAACUUACUUUCCAUCAGAGAAUUCAUACUGGUGAGAAACCCUAUGAAUGUAAAGACUGUGGAAAAGCCUUUAGACAGUGUGCCCACCUUAGUCGACAUCAGAGAAUUCAUGCUUCUGACAAACUCCUUGAAUGUAAAAGAUGUGGAAAGAUAUUUACGUGUGGUGCAGAUCUUCGUGUACAUCAGAGAAUUCAUAUUGGUGAGAAGCCCUAUGUGUGUAAGGAAUGUGGGAAGGCUUUUAGAGUCCGAGGACAACUUAAUCUCCAUCAAAGGAUUCAUACUGGUGAGAAACCCUAUGAAUGUAAGGAAUGUGGGAAGACCUUUCGACAAUAUGCACACCUUACUCGACAUCAAAGACUUAAUAUUGCUGAGAAGUGCUAUGAAUGCAAGGAAUGUGGACAGGCUUUUCUGUGUAGUACAGGCCUGAGAGUACAUCACAAACUUCACACUGGCGAGAAACCCUAUGACUGUAAAGAAUGUGGAAAGGCCUUCAGAGUGCGGCAGCAACUUACUCUUCAUCAGAGAAUUCACACUGGGGAGAAACCCUAUGAUUGCAAGGAAUGUGGGAAGACCUUUAGUCGUGCCUAUCACCUAACUCUCCAUCAGAGAAUUCAUACUGGUGAGAACCUUAUGAAUGUAAGGAAUGUCAAGAAGUUCUUUCGUCGUUACUCAGAACUUAUUUUCACAUCAGGGUAUCAUAUUGGAGAGAAACCCUAUGAUUGUAAGGAAUGUGGGAAAGCCUUCAGACUGUUUUCACAGCUUACUCAACAUCAGAGUAUUCAUUUUGGUGAGAAACCUUAUACGUGUAAGGAAUGCGAAAAGACUUUUAGACUUCUCUCCCAACUUACUCAACAUCAGAGUAUUCAUACUGGUGAGAAACCUUAUGACUGUAAGGAAUGUGGAAAGGCCUUUCGACUUCAUUCAUCACUUAUUCAACAUCAGAGAAUUCAUUCUGGUGAGAAACCAUACAAAUGUAAGGUUAAGAAGGCAUUUAGACAACAUUCACACCUUACUUACCAUCAGCGAGUUCAUAAUGUUACUAAAUUAUGAGAAAGCCAUCUACGUGAAAUUUGUCUUAAGGAGCAUUAGAAAAUAAAUUCUAAAAAGUG